UCUUGUUUUUUCAAUCACAUCUCUCUCUCUCUCCACAAUAAUCCUAUAGAAAGAACAAAAGAGAGAGAGAUGAUAGUGAAUAAUGGAAGGCUGCUUUUCUUCGUGAAUCUAAAAGAUAGUCACAGAGAGAUUUGAAAGCGUCAUAAUUUCAUAAAUCCAUUUCUCUCUCUCUCUCUCUCUCUCUCUCUCUGUAGCCUCUAACAAUGAAGAGAAGCUUCACUUCACUCCUCAUCCUCCUCUGUUCUCUCCUCUCUCACACCGUCUCAGCCAAUCUACUCCUCGAACCGGUCACACCCAACACCGUACCGGCCUUCCCGGUCGAAACCCAAGCUCAAACCUGCCGUCUUGACCUCUCCGACGAGCUCUUCGGCGGAGUCAACGAAGCAUGCGGGAGAAACCUCGACCGGAGCCGGUGCUGCCCUGUUCUCGCCGCUUGGCUAUUCGCAGCUCACGCUCGCUCUGCUCUCCAGUUACCAGCUCCUGCUCCGACGCCGGCGUCCUCCGACCCCGACGAGCCCAUGAGACCGGACGACUCUCAGAAGUGCGUCAACACAUUGCAGAGCGCGCUUCUGACCAAACACAUCAAGAUCCCGCAGCCUAGUCCUAACUGCGACGCGAUUCUGUGCUUCUGCGGGAUUCGUCUCCACCAGAUAAGCUCACUCUCUUGCCCCGCCGCUUUCAAUGUCUCCUCCGGUUUCCGAAACGCGACUCCGACCGCCGCCGUGAAGAAUCUCGAGAAGGAAUGUCGGAACUCCUCUUACUCUGGCUGUACCAGAUGCCUCGGUGCUCUUCAAAAGCUCAAAGUAAAAGGAGGAAGCAAGAAGACAACAACGGAGAGAGCAAGUAAGAUGAUGAGCAAAGAUUGUCAGCUUAUGGGACUCACAUGGCUACUUGCUCGUAACAAAACGGCAUACAUUCCCACCGUUUCAGCUGUGUUAAGAGCCAUUAUGUAUAGUCCACACCCUCCUCACCUCAACAAGUGUAGUCCUGACCAAGAGAACAUGCCAUUAGCCGUUGACUCUCUUCAGUUCCAGAGGAGCCUUGCUGCUUCAUCUCGUUUUUCUGUGUUUCCGGUUUUACCCCUAAUCCUCUGCAUUUUUCUCUUCUUGUAGUUUUAAAUUUAUUUUGUUUUUGGUCGGAGGGAAAGAGAGUCACGUGAAGCUACAAGACAGAUUAUGUGUGCAUGUAAAUGGCUCUUUUUGGUUUUGUAUCUCUAACCCUAAAAAAAAUUUAACUGUGUUUUGUCUAACUAAA